AUGAAAAUCCUGAAACCGAAGCAUGAGGCCUCCUAUAAACGUAAUAUCGCAUGGUUAGAAACAGCAGCGGUCAGGGUUGGUUUGCUUAUGUUGGAAAGCAUGAACCACCUGAAAAAGGGUUCUAAUGUAUUGGUGUGGACCAAUAAUACCACAACGGAAUCGGUCAUCUUGAAACGGAAGUCUGGCGACAAUAACGUGAAUGAAGAAUGGAAGUUGAUACAAGAUUUUUUAAUACAUCAUGAAGUCGAUUUAACAGGAAAAAGGGUUAAAUCAGGUGACAAUAUUGCGGAUGAGUUUUCAUAUGGAGCCAAUUUGGCCAUACAGUCCCAUACAGUCCUCCCAUUGAUGACCAUUUAUGACACUGGUCAUCAAUGGGAGGACACACUCCCAUCAAGGACCGGGUUUUGA